CUUCUAAAUACCAAAAACCUUUCAUAUCUUUGUUCAGUUUUUCAAGGAGAAUUUUUUGUGAAAUGUUGUUAUAUUUACACUUGGAUAUGAAUUAUUUUUUGCUACAGAGAUUGGUUAAAUGUAAAGGCUUAUGAUACCUUGAGAAAACGGUCAGUACCAUAAAACGCUUAGAUCUGUCAGAUUGGAAAGUGUGUCAUGAUCAACUGGUAAGCAAAGCUCUUCUCCCAAAUGUGAGCUGUUGUCGGUGUUUUUAGGUGAGGCCAGAGCAGGGAACAUGUCAGGAACCCACGAAUCAACCGUUUGCUCUUCACUUUCUUCCCAUGGUAGUUAAAGCAAUAAAAACACAAACGCUCAGCUCCAUCCCAGCGUUAGUACAUACCUCAGUCAUUCUUUCAAGACGGGGUCUGGGAGGAAAUAAGGCGCCCUGUGGGUCCUGAAUAACUUCACGUUUCCUCUGUACUGAGGUUCGUUCUUCUUACUACAUAAGCAGACUGUUGAUCUUUGUUGUUGAACAAGUCAGUCUAAUAAAACCAGUUUACACCUUCCUUCGGAUUCGAAAGAAGGGACUUUAAGGUGUUCUUUUUAAAAGAGAGAUUGUAACAUGGCGAAAGAACGCUGGAACAGGAAUCUGAUGACCUGGUUCUAAUUCUGGUUCUGCAGCUUGCUAUGUGGCUUUAGACAUGUCGCUUGACUUCCCCAGUUUCAGUUUUCUCACAUGUCAAAUGGAAACUGCUGUGCCACCUGCUUUGCAGGACUGGUGUGUGCUUGAGAAUUCUUAAAGAAUGAAGCUCUGGUCAGACUGUCAGAUGGCAGGGGCAGUGGCAUUUGAAAACUGUGCAUGUGCUGUAUGGUGAGCAGUCUCGGUUCUACUCAUUGGGCUGCUUCUUCAGACGGCAACUCAAGCCAAACAAAUCAGGUUCAACGGGAAGGCUGUCUGAUCUUGUCCAUUUCGUGUUUAAUCAGUAACGCGGGCGAGAUGAGUGAUGGUGUUAAUCAGUCUGAUAAGUUAAGAAACAUCUUUCUUUCCCUGGGACCUUUUCCUCUCCCUGUCAUGCACAUUGGUUGGUUUAAUAUUGCCAGUUACAGACAAAGAGUGGCUUCCCCCUUCCUGUUCUCUUCUGGCACUUUCCCAGUCGAACCCCAGCAUUCAGCCAGGAGUGACAGUGUGGUCACGUAUGCCAUCCCUGGAGUGGUCCAAGGAAUACACUUCCCUUUCAGAAGGAGGACAUUUUUAAGUGGAGCUUCCCACGAGCCCGCCCCCUUGAUAAUGAGCAUGUGUAUAUGGAGCUGUCACAGAAGCUUUAUAAGUAUUGUCCAAAGGAAUGGAAGAAAGAGGCCAGCAAGGUACGACAAUACGAAUUCUCUUGGUGACAGAGCAGCAAGAUUCUAUUAUUACUGGCACCUGAAAAAACAAGUGCUUCAUUCUCAGUGUGUGCUCCGCGAGGAGGCCUAUUUCCUGCUGGCAGCCUUUGCCCUGCAGGCUGACCUUGGGAACUUCAAAAGGGAUAAGCACCAAGGAAAAUACUUCGAUCCGGAGGCUUACUUCCCAUCUUGGGUUGUUGCCAAGAGAGGGAAGGACUACAUCCUGAAGCACAUUCCAAACAUGCACAAAGAUCAGUUUGCACUGACCGCUUCCGAGGCUCAUCUUAAAUACAUCAAAGAGGCCGUCCGGCUGGAGGACGUCGCCGUCCACUACUACAGACUGUAUAAGGAUAAAAGGGAAAUUGAAGCUUCUCUGACCCUCGGGCUGACCAUGCGGGGAAUACAGAUUUUCCAGAAUUUAGAUGAAGAGAAACAAUUACUUUAUGACUUCCCCUGGACAAAUGUUGGAAAAUUGGUAUUUGUGGGUAAGAAAUUUGAGAUUUUGCCAGAUGGCCUGCCCUCAGCCAGGAAGCUCAUAUACUACACGGGGUGCCCCCUGCGCUCCAGGCACCUCCUGCAGCUGCUGAGCAACAGCCACCGCCUCUACAUGAACCUGCAGCCCAUCCUGCGCCACAUCCGGAAGCUGGAGGAAAACGAAGAGAAGAAGCAGUACCGGGAAUCUUACAUCAGUGACAACCUGGACCUUGACAUGGACCAGCUGGAGAAGCGGUCCCGGGCCAGCGGGAGCAGCGUGGGCAGCAUGAAGCAUAAGCGCCUGUCUCGUCACUCCACCGCCAGCCACAGCAGUUCCCAUACCUCGGGCAUCGAGGCGGACACCAAGCCUCGGGACCCGGGGCCGGAGGACAGCUACUCCGGCAGCGCCAUCCACCGCAAGCUGAAGACCUGCAGCUCGAUGACCAGCCACGGCAGCUCCCACACCUCAGGGGUGGAGAGCGGCGGCAAGGACCGGCUGGAAGAGGACUCGCAGGACGAUGAAAUAGAGAUGUUGGUUGAUGACCCGAGGGACCUGGAGCAGCUGAACGAAGACUCGCUGGAGGUCAGCCCGGACAUGUGCAUCUACAUCACGGAGGACAUGCUCCUGUCGCGGAAGCUCAAUGGACACUCUGGGUUGAUUGUGAAAGAAAUCGGUUCUUCCACCUCCAGCUCCUCCGAAACAGUUGUCAAGCUUCGUGGCCAGAGUACCGAUUCUCUUCCACAGACUAUAUGUCGAAAACCAAAGACUUCCACCGAUCGGCAUAGCUUGAGCCUCGAUGACAUCAGACUUUACCAGAAAGACUUCUUGCGCAUCGCCGGUCUGUGUCAAGACACUGCUCAGAGCUAUACCUUCGGCUGUGGCCACGAACUGGACGAGGAAGGCCUCUACUGCAACAGCUGCUUGGCUCAGCAGUGUGUCAACAUCCAGGACGCUUUUCCAGUCAAAAGAACCAGCAAAUACUUUUCUCUGGACCUCACUCAUGAUGAAGUUCCGGAGUUCGUUGUAUAAAGUACGUCUGCGUGCAGCUCUACGGCAGCCCCUUUCCCUGGGGGCCGUGAAAGCCAUGAGUUCUUUCUUAUUCCUCGUGCCAUAUCUCCCUCACCCAAAACACAGCUCUUUCUUUAUAUUUGCGCGGGAAACAAAGCCGUGGGACAAUUGCACUUUAAGUAUUACACAGAUGUGGAAGAGAAUGUACAGCAAGACAAGUGCCUGGAGUUUACGAGCCUUCGGAAGGAAAUGUGCUUUACUGGUUACCCAGCCUUCAGAGUAGUGAACCGUGGUGUGUUUGCUCACCGUUUUGUUUUUUUUAGUUCAGUCCCACGUAAUAACAUCAUGGUUUUUAUCAUGGGCAUGAUGGUAGGGUUGUGUGCCUGUACAUUUUUUUAUCGCUCCCUCAUGAAAUGCCCAUGUUUUGAGGGAGGAGAAAAGAGUCUCCUUUCUCUGGAGGGACCGGGGCCUGGCCCACACCCACUGCCGCCGCACUGGGGCUGCCCCAGCGUGAACCCUGGCGAAGCGGUCAGGAUCAGUGCGUCUAGCAAGCCAAAGAGAUGAACAUGACAGAAGUGCAGCCCAGGGUGGUACCGGCAGGCGUGAGCGAAGCAGUGCCCGAAGACCGCAUGCUGCGUGCGGCGCCUGUGACUCCUCCGUGCCCAGCGCCACGUCCUCCUCCUGCUCUUCCAGAAAAUAAUAGAGCAACUGUGUUCAUGUCACAAUGUAUUUUGUAGAGUUUCCAACACUGUUUUCUGUUAAAAACUACAGAAAUGUCUUAGAAAAUGUUCGUGCUUAGUGUUUGUUUUUUAAAUAAAUCAAGAACAAAUUAUGGUAAUGCUAGUUUCUGCUUAACCAGAAACACCCUAACUCUCCCCAGAUGUUAUUAUACAUAUAUAAAGACAUGAGAUAGUGCGUGUUUAUAUGUGUGUAAAGCUUCCGUGACGGUCUCAUGUACGUGGCCGGUCUUGUUGAAUGUGGAGGAUGCGUCAUUGAAUGAAUGCUGCCUACAGACAAUCAGUUGACUCAUAUAGCUUAAAAUGACUAUUUCUCAUGUGUCUUUUGCCGUGAUUCUUAACCCCGGUUACAUAAUAGAAUUAUUUGGAGAGGUUUUUUAAAAAAUGCCUGGGUCCCACCUCCAGUGAAUUUAAUUAGACCCAGGCGGACUGCCUUUUCCUGUAAGUUCUCCAAAUGGAGCCGGUAUCAGCAGAGCUGAAAACCAUGGAUCCAGAGGAUGUCUUUUCAAUUUUGAUGUAAAAGCAUCCAGAAAAUGUUAGUGGUUGAGAAAGGGCCAUUUUAGAGACAGUUUCUGCCACUACUGUUAGGAUAUAGAAGGAAACCAAGUCCGGGGAAUGAACUCAUUAGCCUUUAGAUGUCACGGCCUUGCUCGCGCUUUAGGAGAGAACUUUAGCACAGUGUCUUUCUAUGAGAUGUUUUUAAUGAUUUCAUAUUUAAAGCAUUUGUUUACCAUAUUUUGAUAUACCAUUUUUCUACCUUCCAGGUUUUAUUAAAAAAAAAAAAAGCAACACUAUUAUUUUCUAAAGAAACAGUCAUAUUUUUAUACAAAGUUAAGUUUUCAGGUAACAAAGAUGUAGAUUUAGGAGACGGCAGGACACACAGUGUUACCCAUGGAUGGGAGUCAGUAUUACAGACACACACGGGAGCACGCCCACCUGUGCUGUGCCCCGCAUGCCCACGCGGGCGUGGCAGGGCCGUGUGCACACAAGCCUGGUCAAGUCAGUCUAACUUGACACUUUAAAAGGAAAAAAAAAAUUCUAUAGAGUUGUAUAGUCAUGGAAUUAUUGUACUUUUAUCAAAUGUUUUGAAAGAACCAAAGUUUCAGAUACCAGAAUGUAUAAAAGUAUCUCAGCCUCUGUAUGAAAGGGUGAGAGUGUGAAAGGAUCAUCUAGUGACUCUUUUUCUUAGACGUCAUCAAAUAGUUCACCGUUUCCUGUAGAUGCUGAAGGGACAAGUCCUGGGGAAGUUGGACUGUAAAGAGCCCCGUCACAACGUGCCGUGUUUCCUCAGCUCUCAGUGUUUCUUGCAAAGACCAAGAAGAAAACAUACAUGUAUGGACUAGGUAGCGCUUUUUACUUUAUUUUCUCUCAACUUCAACCUGAGUCGCGCCUUCAGGGUUCUGUCAGCACAGUUGGGGGUUUUGCACACCUUCUUUCUAAUUGGAUUGAUGCAUCGUCUUGUGGGUUUUCAAGAAUGAAACAUGCUGAGGACACUUUUGUUUUGUGAUCCACUGUUUGCAGCAGAAGUAUAUAUAUGUAUAUGGAAAUCCAUUUUGAAUACCUACAUUUUUGUAUUUGGAAAUUGUUUUAAAAAAUAAAAAAAGAAAAGUAUAAAGCUGUUAUUUAUUCUGCAUUUGUUAAUGUCCAUUGCUAAGUUAGUGUACCGAUUUGGUAUGCACUGCUUCUACAUUUGUAUUUGCAACAGUGAGCUUUCUAUCUACACAAAUUGUAAAGAAUCCUUUCUGUGAAAGGAUCGUCAUAUCGGGAUGAUACCAAAAGUGUGUAAAAAACGAACUGCAUUAUUUUGUAAUUAUUCUUAUAGGCAUUUCAUGGUAAGAUCAACAGUCAAUAAAGUUACUUUUUAUUUGUC